AUGGACAUUCAAGUAGAUGACGCAGUUUUACAAAAGGCCAAGGCGCUUCAACAAGCCAAUGAAGAAGAGAUAAAGUUGAAGAAGUUAAAACCACAAUCGGAGGGGUUACUAAGUCCAAAGUGCAACCUCCUUGAGGUGACGGAUAAGGGCUGUAGAAGUAGAGUACGAAUCAGUAACGUGUUAAAUGUUCCAAAAAGUGAAGCAGAAUUUUGUGAUUCUACCAGGAAAAAUAAAUAUAUAGACCAGAUAAUCACCGUGUGCGGUUGGAGCAAAGCUGUGAGGAAACAGGGAGGAGGAAGGUUCUGUUUUGUGAACCUAAAUGAUGGUUCUUGUCAUUUAAAUUUGCAGGUAAUUGUAGAUCAAUCUAUAGAAAACUAUGAGAAGCUACUAAAGUGUGGGGUUGGGUGUUGCUUCCGUUUCACGGGAAAGUUAAUAAAGUCCCCUGUCCAGAAUGAAGAAAAAAAAGGACUCAUAAAGGAAAACGUAGAACUGUCAUUGAAUGAUAGUUCUAUUCACAAUUUUGAGAUUUAUGGGGAAAAUUUAGAUCCGCAGAAAUAUCCUCUUUCGAAGAAGAACCAUGGAAAGGAGUUUUUACGAGAAGUAGCUCACUUACGACCACGUAGUUAUUUCAUUAGCUCAGUCAUUAGGGUUAGAAACGCCCUUGCAAUUGCUACUCACUUGUUUUUCCAGAGUAGGGGUUUUCUCUACAUCCACACGCCGUUAAUUACUACAUCUGAUUGUGAAGGCGGUGGGGAAAUGUUUACCGUAACGACCCUCUUAGGGGAAGACGCUGAUUAUGGUGCCAUUCCUAGGGUGAGGAAGACAACCAAGGGGGGGACGAAGCGGGAAGAUACGCAUGCCGAAGGGGUACAGACAGGUGCUAAUGCAAACCCAUGUAACAGUGCAAAUGGGGAUGGCACGCACCCCGUACAAUACCUGAUCGAUUAUAAGAAGGACUUUUUCAGCAAACAGGCGUUCCUCACGGUGAGUGGCCAAUUAUCCCUAGAGAAUCUGUGCUCCUCAAUGGGUGAUGUAUACACCUUCGGACCCACCUUCCGAGCGGAAAAUUCACACACAUCUAGACAUCUGGCUGAGUUUUGGAUGAUAGAACCAGAGAUAGCCUUCGCAGAUCUAUAUGACAACAUGGAGUUGGCCGAGUCAUACAUUAAAUAUUGCAUUGGGUAUGUGCUCAACAACCACUUUGACGAUAUAUACUAUUUCGAGGAAAAUGUAGAGAAGGGGUUAAUAAAUCGGUUGAAAAACGUAUUAACUGAAAAAUUUGCAAAGAUAACCUACACAAAUGUGAUCGACCUUCUGUUGCCCUACUCAGAGAAGUUCGAUGUGCCAGUCAAGUGGGGAAUGGACUUACAAUCGGAGCAUGAAAGGUUUGUGGCAGAACAGAUUUUUAAAAAACCCGUCAUUGUAUACAACUAUCCUAAGGAUUUAAAAGCUUUUUAUAUGAAGUUAAAUGAGGAUGGAAAAACAGUUGCCGCAAUGGAUGUGUUGGUACCGAAAAUUGGCGAAGUUAUUGGUGGCUCCCAAAGAGAGGACAACUUAGAACUACUCGAUAAAAUGAUUCUUGAGAAGAAACUAAACAUGGAAAGCUACUGGUGGUACCGACAGUUGCGUAAGUUCGGUUCGCACCCUCACGCAGGUUUCGGCCUGGGGUUCGAGCGUCUCAUUAUGCUUGUCACCGGGGUGGACAAUAUAAAGGACACCAUUCCCUUUCCUCGGUAUCCUGGGCACGCCGAGUUCUAA